AUGAAGGUCAGCGUGCUUGCCGCCGCUGGCUUCGCCACCGUGGCCUCGGCCAACCCCAUCGCCUGGAGCCAGAUCUCGCCCAGGAGCGACCUCGCCAACCGCGCCAACCUCGACGCCCAGCUCGCCUCUCGCUCCAUCUCUGGCGACGCCGCCACGUUUGCCUCGCAGUCCUACGACUACGUCGUCGUCGGCGCCGGUACCGCCGGUCUUGCCGUCGCUGCCCGCCUGUCCGAGAACGGCAAGUACACCGUCGGUGUCCUCGAGGCCGGUGGCAGCGGCUUCGGCGUCGGCAUCAUCGACACCCCCGGCCAGUUUGGCGCCGACCUCAACACCAUCUACGACUGGAACUACACCACUGUCGCCCGCCCCGACGUCCCCUCGUCGGGCUGGCCCCGUGGCAAGGUCCUUGGCGGCUCGAGCGCCCUCAACUUUGAGGUGUGGGACCGCAGCUCCAGCAUCGAGAUCGACGCCUGGGAGCAGCUCGGCAACCCGGGCUGGAACUGGAACAACCUCUACCGCGCCAUGAAGAAGUCGGAGAAGUUCACGGCACCCAGCGCCUCCGACGCCGCCAAGCUGGGCUACACCCCCGUCGCCUCCGACUAUGGCUCCGCCGGCCCCGUCCAGGUCUCGUUCCCCAAGUACAUCAGCCAGCAGGUGCAGCGAUGGAUCGGUGCCCUCAAUGAGCUCGGCAUCCCCACCAACAGCCAGCCCAACGCCGGCGACAAUGUCGGCGCGUCCAACCACCCUUCGGACAUCAACCCCAAGAACAGCACCCGCUCCUACUCGGCCCCCGCCUACCUCUUCCCCAACCAGGCGCGCCAGAACCUCAAGGUCCUCACCAACGCCCUCGCCACCAAGGUCAACUUCUCCAAGACCUACAGCGGCCUCAAGGCCACCAGCGUGUCGAUCAAGAGCGGCGGCCGCGUCUACUCGAUCCGCGCCAACAAGGAGGUCAUCCUCUCGGCGGGCACCGUCAACACGCCCCAGCUGCUCGAGCUCUCGGGCAUCGGCGGCAAGCAGCUCCUCUCGUCGCUCGGCAUCCAGACCCUCGUCGACCUGCCCGCCGUCGGCGAGAACAUGCAGGACCACACCUACUCGGCCACCGUCUACAAGCUCAAGCCCGGCUUCGUCACCCUCGACAGCCUGAGGAACAACGCCACCUUUGCCCAGGAGCAGACCGCCCUCUACCAGGCCGGAGGCGCCUCGAUCCUCACCGAGACCGUCCCCUCGAUCGGCUACGUCUCGCUCGAGCGCGUCGUCGGCGCCGACCGCGCGGCCAAGAUGAUUGACGAGGCCGCCGCCUACGUCGCCCAGUCCAACGCCCCCUACAAGGCCACCCUGCAGAAGCAGAUCGAGUUCCUCAAGAACCACCCCGACACCGUCGGCCAGAUGGAGCUCAUCGGCAUCGACGGCUACUUUGCCGGCACCGGCGCCCCCGCCGCCGACUCGACCUACUUCACCAUCCUCGCCGCCCAGCAGCACCUCCUCUCGCGCGGCAGCAUCCACAUCACCAAGAACGACCCCACCGCCUACCCGGCCAUCAACUCGGGCUACUUCACCGCGCCCUUUGACCUCGAGCUCGCCACCGCCGGCACCGCGUACACGCGCAAGAUCGGCCUCUCGAACAAGUACUCGGACAUGGUCGACUCGCAGGCCUGGCCCACCGCCGACCGCGACCUGACCGAGUACACGCGCACCACCAGCAUCACCGAGUACCAUCCCAUCGGCACCGCAAGCAUGCUGCCCAGGAACCAGGGCGGUGUCGUCGACCCCAACCUCAAGGUUUACGGCACCACCAACCUCCGCGUCAUUGACGCCUCGAUCAUGCCGCUCCACAUCGCUGCCCACAUCCAGGCGACCAUCUACGGCAUCGCCGAGUACGGCGCUCAGCUGGUCCAGCAGUCCUGCGGCCGCAAGCACCGCCCUUAG